GGUCAUUGGAGUGGAGCGGGGCAAGAUAAUAUUCAUCGAAAAUGACACACGUCUUCACGAUCUGAUGAGCGAAUACAGUGUACCUCGUGAAAACAUCAGACAUCUGGAAAAAUGGCAGUUUCUGAUCCCUGGGUUGGUGGACACCCACAUCCAUGCUCCACAGUACGCGUUUGCCGGCUCCAACAUGGAUCUACAGCUGUACGACUGGCUAAACACCUACACGUACCCAACUGAAGCUAAGUUCAAGGACCUGACCUACGCCAUGGAUGUCUACAGCAAGGUUGUGGAUAGAACUCUGAAGAACGGAACAACGACUGCAUGUUACUUUGCUACAUUACACAGAGAUGCGACAAACCUGCUUUUUCAAGUUAUUGAGAAAGCCGGACAGAGAGCCUAUGUUGGGAAGGUGAACCUCGACUGCUGCUCGCCCUCCUAUUACAGGGAAACGACGGAAGAGUCACUGGAAGAAACAAAGAAAUUUGUCGAAUCAGCUAUUUCAAAAAAGAACUCACUGGUAACGCCAAUAAUAACACCAAGGUUCAUUAAGACAUGUUCGGAAGAACUUCUUACGUCCCUUGGUCGACUGAACCAAGAGUAUCAGCUUCCCGUUCAGACCCAUGUCCUAGAAACCAGAGGUGACGUAGGCCCCGAGCCUUCCAACCAUCUCCACGUAUGGGACAAAGCUGGCCUACUGAAACACAAUACAGUUUUAGCCCACUGUGUCUACAUGUCAGACGAGGAGUUCGACCUACUCAGACAGCGCGGUUCCGGCAUAGCCCACUGUCCCAACUCCAACAUCACGUUAAGAAGCGGUUUUCUUGAUGUACGGCACGUGCUUGAAAAGGACUGUAAGAUUGGACUUGGAACAGAUGUUUCAGGGGGCUACAGCAGCUCAAUGUUAGAUGCGCUUCGCUCUGCCUCUCAAGUCUCGAAAACUAUCGCUAUACAGCGAGAAGAAAAGGGAGAGAACUAUAAAAUACUUACAUACAAGGAACUGUUCCGCCUGGCAACGUUAGGUGGAAGUGAAGUAAUGGGACUGGAUGAGACAAUAGGGAACUUUCAAGUUGGAAAGGACUUUGACGCCAUUGUGGUCGACCCAUUAGUGGAGAACUCUCCGUUUGAUGUCUUCUCAACUGACACCUUCCUCGACAUCAUACAGAAGUUCCUCUUCUUAGGUGAUGACCGCAAUUUGAUUGACGUCUUUGUGGCCGGAACUCGAGCAUCUGGACGAUAAUACAAGAGAAAGAUUAAAAUAGAUAUUUUGUGUUUUACACCAACAGCCAUAUGUUCACGUUAUUGUCAACAUUGUACAAGAAGAAUUGCAUGCGACUGAUCGUAUGCCAAUUUAGUCCUCAUUUCCGUACUCAGAAGAGCACAGGCCUAUAUGAGAGAGAGUUUAUUCCGAUAAAGGGGCCACCGGCCCAAUAUACAUG